GCACAGGAGCAAAUUCAGAAGGAAGCGGCCCAAAUGUUUACAGUUUCAGACAAAGAGAUGCUCGUAUAUUUACUUAAGAUACUAUUACCAAAUACGAAUAUGUCAAAUAAUACAAUCAAUCUUUUUUGGCUUCCCAAAACGCAUCACAGCAAGCCUUGAAAAUUGUUGCUGGCCAAAUAUUAAUUGAGAUAUCAGAAAUUGCCCAUCACCAAUAAGACACCAAAAUGAGCCAAAAACCGCAAUCAGUGCAGCAAUUAUCCCCUAAUAAGUCACUAAACAGUAGUCGCGAAUCAAGUAAACGGAAGAGGAUCAUUCAAACCAACUCCUUGCCCAAUUGCAACCGAAAGACAGAGAGCAAGGCCGUUCAGCCAUUGGAGCCUCCACCCCCAAAACGAUCAUGCCGCAGAAUUUCCCAAAUUACGAAGACGUCUUCGAGCAACCCCAAGAGCCUUGAGAACGAUGUCAACCAAAAGAAAAGGUGCGCAUCUAAAAUCGAUUCAACUGAUCAGCAGCCGAGAAAUAAAGCUGAGCCUCAGCCAACGAAGCCUCAAUCGUCAAAAGUUCUGCCGCCUGAUGCGCCGACACUAAAACGAUCAUGUCGAAUAAUAGCUCACUCUACAAAGUCAUCUUCAAACAACACUAAAAAUCUUAAGAAUGAUGUCAAAGAAGAUUCAACUAAUCGGCUACCAGGAAAUAAAGCUGGAGAGCAGCCAGUACAGCCCCCACUACCAAAAAGAUCAUACCGCAGAAUAACGAAGAAGUCUUCAAACGAGACUCAUAACCUUCGGAAUGAUAACAACCAAAAGAAGAAACCCGUAUCCAAAGACGAUCUAGCUGAUCAACAGGCGGGAAAUAAAGCAGCACCAAAGCCGCCGGAGCUUCAAUCGUCAGAUGUUCAACAACUAGAACCGCCACCACCGAAACGAUCAUGUCGCAGAACUUGCCCACUUACAAAGACAUCUUCGACGAAAGCCAAGAGCCUUCAGAACGAUGACAAUCAAAAGAAAAAGGGUGACUCCAAAGACAAUUUAGCUGAUCAGCUACCCGGGAAUAAAGCCGGAGCUCCACCACCAAAACGAUCAUGUCGCAAAACGGCACACCAUACGAAUUCAGCUGAUCAGCAGCCGGGGAAUAAAACCGAGCCUCCACCAGCAAAACGAUCAUAUCGCAGAAUAUCACAUCCGCGGCAGAAGACUUCUAACAAACAAGAGAAAAGGUACGAAUCCAAAGACGAUUCAGCUGACCAACAGCCAGAGAAAAAAGCCGGGCCUCAAGAACAGCAGCAGUCCUUAGGAGUUCAACCAGCAAAGCAAUGCAAUCGAAAAACAUCGCAGCCAAAGCAGGCGUCGUUUACCGACGCUAAAAGCCUUCAGAUCGCUGAGAGUAAACAAAAAAGACGUGAGACGAUAGACGUUUCAACUGAUCGUCAGCUGGGAAAUAAGGCCGGACCUCAACCGCCAGAGCAUCAACCUUUAAAUGUUCAAGCCCAAGAAGUUCAAACAGCAACACGUUCAUAUCAUAGAUCAUCGCAACUGACGUCAAAGUCUUCAUACGAGAGUAAAAGCAUUCAGAAGGAUGAUAUCCAAAAGAAAAAGUGUGAGGCAAUAGACUUGUCGACUAAGAACCAACCGGAGUCUUUACGACCUCAACCACUAGGGCAUCAAUCGCCAAAAGUUCAUCCACCAAAAGUUCAAACACCAAAUUGGGCAUAUCGCAAACCAUCGCAGUUGACGACGUCUUUACACGACAGCAAGAGCAUUCAGAAGAAUGAUAACCAAACAAAAAGGCGCGAAACAAUAGAUAUUUCAACAGCCCAGCAGCCGAAGAAUAAGGCAGUAUCUCAAACACUUCGGCUUCAGACUAUAGCAGCUGAAUCACCGGAAGUUCAAACACCCAAACGCUUAUAUCGCAGAUCAUCGCAGUCGACGUCGAUGUCGUUGCACGACCAAACGGAUGAUAUCCUAAAGAAGAGGCGUGAAACCAUAGACGUUUCACCUGCUCAGCAGCCGUGUAAUAAGGCCGGAACUCGGAAUCUCCCAAAUCGCAGACCAUCACAGUAUACGCCGACGACGCUGAACAAUACUCCAAACCUUCAAAACGAUAACAGCCGAAGCAAAAGAUGCGAAUCCAUAGACUUGUCAGCUGAUCAUCAGCCGGGAAUGAAUGCCGGAGUAAAUCAAAUGUCAAAACUUCCAUCGCAUGGACCUCAACCCACAGUGCACCCACUUCGCAGAACAUCGCAGUAUACUCCGACUCCGUUAUACGAAAACGAACGCUUUGAAAACAAUGACAGACGAAAGCAAAGGCGCGAAUCCAUAGAGGUUUCCAAUGUUCAUCAUUCAGGAAAUACUGCCGGACCCCAACCACCAGAGCCUCAGCUUCUAGGAGUUCAAACGCCAGCACUUCAACCCCUUAGUCGUCCAUAUCGCAGACCGUCGCUGUAUCUGCCAACGUCACACCUUGGGGUUCCAGGAACAGAAUCGGAAGGUCUUCCAGCAAUAGGAGCUCAAGCGCCAAGAUCACAAACACCAAGUCGCCCAUGUCGCAGACUUUCGCAAUACAAACCGAUGUCGAUGAAUGUGGAUGAAAACACUCAAAACGAUAUCUACCGGCAGCAAUGGCAUGAAUCCAAAGACGUUGCUAAGGUUCAUCAUCCGGAAACUAUUGCCGAACCACCGCAACCACCAAGUCUACAAUCUCUAGGAGCUCAAGUGCCAUUACUUCAAACUCCAACUCGUCCAUAUCGCAGAUCAUCGCUGUAUUUGACAACAUCACAGCUUGAGGAUCAAAGCUCACAAAACAAUGAAAGGCGAAACCAAAGGUGCGAUUCGAUUGACUAUACCAAUAUUAAUCAUGCGGGAAAUAUAACCGCAACCCAACCGCAAGGGCUUCAAUCCCUAGAUUCUCAAGAACUUCAAAUACCAAGUCGCCCAUGUCGCAGGCGUUCGCAGUACACGCCGACGCCGCCGUAUGCGGAUCAAGUUCCUCAAAUCGAUAUCAACCGACAGGAAAAACGUGGUUCCUUAGACAUUUCCACUGUUCACCAUCCGGAAAAUAUAGCUGUGCCCCAACCGCUUCAAUCAGGAGGAGUUCAGUCGGGGACUUCGAUCAAUCCACCUCAAUUGUCAGAGCUUCAACCCCCAAGACGUCCAUAUCGCAGACCAUCGCUAUUCGCCCAGACGUCACCAUAUGAGCCUAAAAGUUCUCAAAACGAGGACAUGCGAAAGGAAAAGUGCGAACUAAUCGACUUGACUGGUGCUCAACAGCACGAAAUUAAGACGGAACCCGAACCACCGGAUCAUCAAAUACCGAGACGCCCAUAUCGCCCACCAAUGCAGUCUGUGUCGGCAUCGGAUUUGCAGUCUAAGUUUCUUCUAUACAUACGGGAUUUGAGUUCAGAGAUUGUCCACCACCAGGUCUUCGAGCAUUUCUGCGCCUUCGGCAGUUUGCAUCGCGUCUACGUACUGCAACGAACCGAGAACUACAAUUACGCACUAAUAAUCUUCACAUCCAGCAAGUCCGUAGAGCUGGCUGUGGCCGCUAAUCCACACAAUCUACGGAACAAACACUAUUUUUGCCACAAGGCUGGACCCUGGAACCUUGGUUGCUUCAAAAGCGAGCGGUGCAUAUCUGACUUCAGCAAUAGCAAAAGAUCCAUCUUCAGAGAUCGACUGCAGAUCCGGGUGCCUUAUGGCGUUAAUAUUCAUUGCUAUAUUUACCAAUCAAAUGCCAGCACGAAUCAGGCCAACAACAGCACUGAGCAGGAAAUGAGCAAGAGAUCAGCCUUGCUGCCGCAAGUGUCCAUAGACCUGUUGCAUCAUCUACGCGAGGAUCGGGCACCGCUGCAACCUAGCAUCAAGCAAGCACCUCUUGAUCUUGAUCCACAAACGCUCUUCUCCAGCAUGGGUGACAACUACAGUUUCCAGCGUCACAGUUACACGAAUUUCGUGGCCUAUCAAAAGCGACCUGGUCACUACGAAGCGGUGCCGGCCAACGCCAAAGUUGGACUAACGGCCAUCGCCUAUGCAGAUCUGAGAGAUAAACGUGAUUUAAUAUCAUUUUUUUAUCAGACCGACUAACUAACUGAUAGAAAUAGUAUUUAACAAAUGCGAAUGGCUUUCGUUUAAACUUGACUGCAUUUUAUACAGUUGGUCAAGAACCCCCUCUGCUACCCCUAAUUAGGUAGAAAUCGGAUUGUUAUAAAUGGGUUCAAAUGAAUCUUAAAGAAAAAAGAAA